AUCACGCGGUGACGUCAAACUCGCGGUCACCGUCACGCGGUUUGCUAAUGUCACUUGGGGGGGUGUUUUGACGCCGGUGUGUCUCAGUGACAGUUAAUGAGGAACACAAAUUGCCCGUCAGAUUUGCGACGCUGCUCCGCGUCCCGACGACGGCGUUCUUGUCAUCCAUUAUGAACUUCUGUUGCUUUUCAUUGCCGUAACUACGCGCAGCAUGGAGAACUCUCAAGGCGGUACGUCGUCGGAGCCCGACAGCGUGACAAUUCAGCCGACAUCCUGCCCAAGCCGAGCGCCCGAGCCGGCGCGGCCCCCUUCGUGGGCCUCCUGCUCGUCCUCCGAGCACCGCGAGCCCAAGAGACGGCGAGAAGCCAAGCAGCAGCAGCAGCAGCAGCGGCAAGAACGGCGGCGACGGCGGCGGGGGGAGGGUCAGGAACAGCUGCUCCGUGAGACGGAGCGCCGGAGGUUGCCGGGCCAACGUGAGCACUCGGAGGCGUGCGGCUCAGUGAGCGACGCAGCGGAAAGUUCGCCUAAGAGGAGAGCUCACUUCCUUCAUGGACCCUAUCCAGCCACUCACUUUGGACCCAAAGCCUGCAUUCUUCCUAACCCCACUUCAGUCAUGCACAUCCAGGACCCGGCAAGCCAGCGCCUCACCUGGAACAAACCUCCCGUCAACGUCCUGGUCAUCAGGAAAAUCAGAGACGAGAGCCUAGCGGAGCCUUUCAAAGAGCUGUGCCGCUUUCUCGUGGAGGAGAAGCAAAUGAUGGUGUACGUGGAGCGGCGGGUGGCUGACGACGGCACGCUUUCCAAAGAUGAGAACUUUGGCUCCAUCCGAAACCAGUUGUGCACCUUUCGAGAGGGCUACGACGACAUCUCGGACUGCAUCGACCUGAUCAUCUGCCUGGGCGGAGACGGCACGCUGCUCUACGCUUCUUCUCUCUUCCAGGGCAGCGUUCCCCCGGUGAUGGCGUUCCACCUGGGCUCUCUGGGCUUCUUGACGCCCUUUAAAUUUGAGUCGUACAAGACCGAAGUGGACAAAGUCUUUGAAGGGAACGCGGCCAUCACUUUGCGCAGUCGCCUGAAGGUGAAGGUGGUGAAGGAGCUGCUGCCGCCGCCGCAGCGGCGGGAACAGGAUCAGGAAGCGCAAAUCAACGGACUGGUUCCUCACCGCUACACCAGCAGCGACGCAGGCAAGGUCACCCUGCAGCUUCAGGUGCUGAAUGAGGUGGUGGUGGACCGCGGGCCUUCAUCCUACCUGUCCAACGUGGACCUGUACUUGGACGGACGUCUCAUCACCUCCGUGCAAGGCGACGGCGUGAUCGUCUCCACGCCGACGGGCAGCACGGCAUACGCGGCGGCGGCGGGGGCGUCCAUGAUCCAUCCCAACGUGCCGGCCAUCAUGGUGACGCCGAUCUGCCCGCAUUCGCUCUCCUUCAGGCCCAUCGUGGUCCCCGCCGGAGUGGAGCUCAUGAUCACCUUAUCCCCCGACGCCAGGAAUACGGCCUGGGUAUCGUUCGAUGGCAGGAAGAGACAAGAGAUCCAACAUGGCGACUGCAUCAAGAUCACCACGUCGUGCUACCCCGUGCCGUCCAUCUGCUGCCAUGACCUGGUGUACGACUGGUUCGAGAGCCUGGCGCAGUGUCUGCACUGGAACGUGCGCAAGCGGCAGACGCGCCUCGCCGAGGCGUCCGACGCGUCCGACACGGACAACUGAGCCCGGUUCGUGCCGCGCACCCCUUUUCCGCACACUCGCACCCACUCAUCGCAGUUCCUGAGCCAGAUCCUGUCCCUUUUUUUUUUUUUUUUUUUACAUUCCACACAGUGUCAAAUUAAGAGAAACCUUUAUGUAUAUAUAUUUGUACAAAUUAUAUGUUAGUUCAUAGUUAUUGGUUCAUAGUUACAUCUUUUCAAAACGUCACACAUCACCCCGUAAAGCGUUGUUUCCCAACCUUUCUUGAGCCAAGGCACGUAUUUCACGCAGCAUGCCACCACCACACACAACACACGGCAAGUAUUUAUACAAAUUGCUGACCAAUCAAAACAUUUUUGGCCUCCUGAAAAGUGAUUUUGGCGGUACAAGGAUUUGACUGAUGCCAGUUGAGAUGAAAAAUACUAUCAAUGACUUACACCUUAAGUAGAUUCCACCAGAUGGCGCCAAAGUAUUAUUACCUGUACUUCACUUGCUCCCCCCAAAAAACAUGCACAUUUGUAAUUGCAGAACUGUGAAUAUGUGAGAUUCAGGUUCUUUGUACCUUCUGUCAUCUAGUGGAAAAAACCUUCCUCCUCUAUUUGUUCUGCCUGGGAUAGACGAGCUAAACGUUUAGUUUGAAGUAAAUACUUGUCCGACCAGUCAGGGUGAAUCAGUAUAUUUUGUAGAGCAAUGUUUGGCAAUCACUGAUCUGAAAAGUGUCGUGUAGUUUGGAGCCCAAAAUGGCGGCUUCAAAACGAAAAUAAAGCUGAAACGCUUA